AUGGUAUUUACUCGAUUAGGUUUAUCUUCCACAAAUCUAAUUCCAUUAAGGCAGGAGAUUGUGCGGAAAUUCAUCCUUAUAGAGCGUAAAUUGUUACCAACACCAUCCAACUUUAUUAUCGUAUCAUGGAUAAGAAGGAAGGAUUAUCAUCUACUUACAGUCGGUCUUACAACGUACAGCAGCGACGAUAGAUUUCAAGCUGUGCAUUUGCAGCACUCGGAGGAUUGGACGCUGCAAAUCAAAUAUGUACAAACAAGGGACGCCGGUUUGUACGAGUGCCAAGUGUCUUCCCAUCCGCCCACCAGUAUCUUUAUUCAGCUUAACGUCGUCGAGGCAAGAGCGGAAAUAUCAGGUCCCUCGGAGAAAUACCUAAAACCUGGUUCCGGUUUGAGGCUGCAGUGUAGAGUUGUACAAAGCACAGAGCCACCUCUUUAUGUGUUCUGGUAUCACAAUAAUCGAAUGAUCAACUACGAUUUAGAUCAAGGGAUCAACGUUACCACUGAGCUGCCAGUAAAAAUCAGCACGUUAACAAUAAGCAGUGCGGCGACGAGGCACUCGGGAAAUUACUCCUGUGUGCCAAGUAAUGCCCAGCCGGCGAGUGCGUACGUCCAUAUACUUAACGGUACGUAUUUUUUAAUUAAAUUUAUUGACACUAAUGGCAGAUAUUUCUAUGCAAAUUGCCUCCUGUAA